AUGGUGCUGCUGCUGCUGGUGGCCAUCCCGCUGCUCGUGCACAGCAGCAGCUCCCGCGGGCCCGCGCGCUACGAGAUGCUGGGCCGCUGCCGCAUGGUCUGCGACCCGCGCGGCCCCGACGGGGCGCCCGCCGCCUCCGCCGCCCCCUUCCCGCCCGGCGCCAAGGGCGAGGGCGGCCGGCGGGGCAAGGCCGGGCUGCGGGGGCCCCCGGGCCCCCCGGGCCCCCGGGGGCCCCCCGGGGAGCCGGGCCGCCCCGGGCCGCCCGGCCCCGGCGGGCCCGCCGCCCCGCCCUACGCGCCCCGCAUCGCCUUCUACGCGGGCCUGCGCCGCCCGCACGAGGGCUACGAGGUGCUGCGCUUCGACGACGUGGUGACCAACGUGGGCAACGCCUACGAGGCGGCCAGCGGCAAGUUCAGCUGCCCGCUGCCCGGGGUCUACUUCUUCGCCUACCACGUGCUCAUGCGGGGCGGCGACGGCACCAGCAUGUGGGCCGAUCUGAUGAAGAACGGGCAGGUGCGGGCCAGCGCCAUCGCCCAGGACGCGGACCAGAACUACGACUACGCCAGCAACAGCGUCAUCCUGCACCUGGACGUGGGGGACGAGGUCUUCAUCAAGCUGGACGGCGGCAAAGUCCACGGCGGCAACACCAACAAGUACAGCACCUUCUCCGGCUUCAUCAUCUACCCGGACUGA